AAAAACGAAGAUGGUUCAUUUGUGCUAGUCCACUUUGUGAUUAUGAAGUAGAUAGAGAUAUAAAUGCUGCUCAUAAUAUUCUCUAUAAAGCACAAACGGAUUUGCUAGUUAAACCAUCAGAAGCCCCCACUUCUAUAAGUGGGGUGGCUACUUUAAAGAAAUAUUUUAAUAACCCAGAUUUGGCUCCGGCUCGCAAUUUAGUUAAUUGUCAGCCAGUAAUCCGCACCGAUGAUUUGGCUAAUAUUAACGCCCAAUCUUAUCACCAAACCCUUUUUGAAAUGUUAGAAACUAAUUUUUGGUCCAUGGGUAAUGGUCCUUGUGGGCCAAAUACCGAGAUUUAUUUUGAUUUUCAUCCCGAAAAAAAUGUGCCAAAAAAUAUUGAGGAAUUGGAUAAUAAGCGUUUUAUUGAGAUUUGUAAUGUUGUCUUUCCUGAGUUUUACCAAAAAGGAGAAGAAUAUUUACCAUUAGCCGAAAAGUGUGUCGAUACCGGAGCCGGAUUAGAAAGAAUUGCUAUGGUUUUGCAAGGAAAAACAAGUACUUUUGAAAUCGAUUUAUGA